GAGGGCGAGCGAAUACCAGAAACUGCCAAACUCAAGUCGAUCCCUAAUGACGAAAUUUUGUGGUGAAAUGGAACAAAGCCUCAUUCGUCGUCCAAUCCCCGUGCAGUCCUUGGGAGGUGGAGCCGCCUUUAACAGAGACUACUAUUACUACCGCCCCCAUUCCACAUGCGUAUCUCACCCUCGUGUCAUCAUCGUUGUCGUACCACGCGUCAAUGAGACACCUGCCCCCAACUUUCUCGCAUCUACACCUUUUCCGUCGACGAGACCCUCUCCAUCAUCAACUCUACUACCCACAACCACCUGCUUUUCCUUCCCCACAAUUCUCUUUUCAUUCCAAAACAAAACGUCGGCUGUUUCAUCUUCCUUCAUCCCCAUUUAGUUAAUUAUUAGCUUAGCGCUCUACUUUCGCAUUUAUAAUUUUUUUUUUUUUUUUUUUGGUGUGGGGGAGGGAGGGGGUGAUUCCUUGUUCGUCCCAUCUGCGUCGAUAAUUCAAUAUAUUUUUGGAAGACCCAAGAGCCUUCCUGAUUUGGAUAUUUGGUUGCUGAGAGCAUAAAGAGCGAAACCCAAAAAAAAAAAUGGAAGAUCUGAAGGGCUUUUACCGUCGACGCCGCUCCAGUUUUCGCGGGAUUGCUAACGGAAUUUCGGCGCUACUACUGUUCCUCUUCUGCUUCCGCGAGGCAAAUCCUUCUCUUUGGGGAUCGCCGCCUUUCAAGUUGGCUUCUUUACGCAGCAAUCAAAUUGAUGGGGUUGUGGCUGUUCAUAAUCGGAGGCGAAUUGCUGAAACCCAUGUUGCUCUUAGUUCAUCACCGGAUUACAGUAGUACGGGAAACGGCAGAGGAGGAUCCGUGCAGAAUAAUUUGAGCAGCACCAUGAGAACUCCCACGUCUUGCGCUGGAUUGCACAAACACAAAGGUUACAAAAGCCGGUGCGAUUACUUAAUUGCCAAUCCCCAGUGCGGCUCGGGGGGCUUCUUCAAUUACCUUGUCUUCUUUUACUGUGAUUGUGAGAAAACCAGUGUCGUUGCUUAUGUUGUUCUGGCUAUCUGGUUAGUUGCUCUGUUCUAUCUACUUGGCAAUACCGCGGCUGACUACUUCUGUUUCUCUCUUGAGAAGCUGUCCAGCCUCUUGAAACUGCCGCCUACAGUUGCAGGGGUUACACUGCUUCCUCUUGGGAAUGGGGCACCGGAUGUUUUCGCCAGCAUUGCAGCUUUUGUGGGCACUGAUGCCGGGGAAGUUGGCCUCAACAGUGUGUUGGGGGGAGCCUUAUUCGUUACUUGUGUUGUUGUGGGGACCGUUUCUCUUUGCGUGGCAGAACAGAGGGUUCGGAUCAAUAAGAGAUGCUUCAUCACAGAUGUAUGUUUCUUGCUUUUUACGCUGCUCUCCCUUCUUGUUAUUUUGAUUGUGGGUGAGCUGAGUGUUGCUGGCGCGGUUGCAUUUAUUUCAAUUUAUGUUCUCUAUGCCUUCUUUGUUGCUGCAAAUGAGGUUCUGAAGAAAUAUGCACAUGGGCUGGGACUGAAUCCAGUUACGCGGUUGCUUCUUCCUGUUAAAUCCUGUGCGCCAUCGGUUGGAAAUGUAGAGGAUGAGUCUUCUAUUCAUGCUUCACUGCUUCAGUUUGGUGCUGAGAAUGAGGUGGAUGUGCCACUUCAUGAAACUAGGCUGCCCCAUUGGAUAUUGGCCGCAAACGUGGCAAUUUAUUCGAAUGAGACUGUUAGAGAAGAGAGCCCAAAGCCUCUCUGGGGUUGGAAUGAUGAUGAGACGCCGAAUGAUCAUCCGCCAUCCUCUCCUUGUUCCAAGUUAUGUGCGGUGCUUGAAAUGCCCUUGGCGCUUCCAAGACGCCUGACAAUUCCAGUUGUUGAUGAGGAGCGAUGGUCGAAAGGGUAUGCUGUGGCCAGUGCCUUUUUGGCACCCAUGUUUUUGGCGUUCCUUUGGAACACACGGGAUGGUGUGGGAACUCAGAGCGGAGAGAUUGCGUAUGUUAUUGGAGCUUCAGCUGGUGGUGUACUUGGAGUUCUAGCGAUCAUAUAUACCAUAGCUGAGCAUCCACCUGAGAAGUUCCUAUUUCCUUGGGUUCUUGGUGGAUUCUUUAUGAGUAUUAUUUGGUUCUACAUUGUUGCAACUGAGCUCGUUGCGUUACUGGCGACACUGGCCUUGAUAUUUGGCAUCCCGCCAUCGAUCCUUGGAUUAACGGUAUUAGCGUGGGGGAACUCAAUGGGUGACUUGACAUCUAAUCUUGCGCUGGCAACAAAUGGUAGAGACGGGGUGCAGAUUGCCAUGUCCGGAUGCUAUGCAGGGCCUGUGUUCAAUACUCUUGUUGGUUUGGGGAUCUCAAUGCUGAUUGGGGCCUGGUCAAAUAGACCCGCAUUAUAUGUAAUUCCGAAGGAUCAGAGCUUGUAUUUUACAAUAGGGUUUCUGGUGCUAGCGCUUGUUUGGUCGCUCAUCGUGUUGCCACGAAAGGACAUGAGCCCUAGUAAGGUGUUGGGAGUUGGCCUUGUGAUCAUCUAUGUGGCUUUUCUUUAUUUCAGGUUGAGCAUAGCAAUGGGUGCUUUGUCACUGGAUGAUUUAUGAAUGAACUUUACAAAAGACAAAUCUUUGAUAAUUUAUGAAUGCCGGCGGGCGGGGACGCAGUAGUAGUUUGGGAACCAGGCCAGGUAAUCCCUUUUUCUUACAGUAUUGUGGUAUGGUAACGUCAUGUACAGAGGCUGUAUAGAUCAAGAUGGACGCCAUGACUAUGGGUAAUGUCUAAUGUGAACAUGAUAGAAAGCUGGAUGCCUACUACUUGGUAUAUUAGAAAUGUUUUGUGGUAUUUACCUCUCCAAGAAAAGAAAAUAUCUUGUUGUAAAGAAGAUAGUCCUGAAAUCUACUAGUAGUACUAGGUGUGGUUCCAGUGCA